CGUGUUGCGUUUUUUAACGGUCCGCCUGGAAACAACAAAGCCUUCUGAUCUAAGAAGUAAGCUGUCGUGUUUACAACGGUUUCCUAUAAGAAUUCAUCACGAUCGACUAAACGCUCAAUUCUUAAAAGUGUGCUGUCUAAAACAAACAUGAAGUUUGCAGCUGUAAUCCUCGCUCUGGCCAUUAUUUCAGGCUGCCAUGGGCGCUUCUUGCUUCAUGAUGACCCAAACAAGACCUUGCAGGAGCAAGUGGAUUGGUUCAUGAGCCGGCUAUCUGAGGUGGCCAAUGCUGAGGAGAUGAGGGACAGCAUCCAGAACACCCAGAUCGGCAGAGAAUUAGACAAACUGAUCUCUGACAUCAUGAGGGAAUUGCAAAUGUACAGUGAAGAUGUGCAGACCAAACUGGCCCCCUAUGCACAGGAGACUGCCCUGAAAUUUAAAGACGACCUGCAACUUCUGGCAAAUAAACUUCGCACACACAUGGAGGAAGCUAAGGAACGUGUCACUGAAUACACCCAGGAGAUUCAGACCAUGGUGGAGCAGAACACUGAUGAAGUCAAGAACAAGUUCAAUGCUUACAUCCGAAAACUAAAGAAACGUUUGAGCAAGGACACCCAGGACAUCAACAAGAAAUUGUCAACAUUCUUUGAGGAACUUCGCUCUCGCACUGCUCAGAGUAUGGAAGACAUAAAGGAUCGCCUUGAACCAUACUUCUCUGACAUGCUUCAGCGUGCCGAAGACAAGCUGACAACUCUGGGAGAGCUGCUGAAGAGCCAGGCUGAAGGAAUUAAAGACCAGCUGGAAUCACAAAUGCAGGAUCUCAAAGAGAAAGCUGAGAAGACCACCGAGAAUUUGCGUGCCACCUUUCAGAAUAGGGCAGAAGAGCUCCAGAAAUGGUUUCAGUCCUAA